GUUUCUUCGCCAGUACAAGUGUUCAAGCAGGUCUUGGCUUGAGUGGGCCCUGUGGACGCAGAGGUAGAAGAGUCGAUCCGCUCAAGUAGUCCAGUCAUCGGAAGAGACGUUAAACGAUGGAAGCGAACGAAAGUGAAAGGGAGGUCAGUGCGGCAACAGCUGCAUUCGCGUGCCCUCCCGUUCCUGUUGUGGAAGACAAGGAUCCGGCCUCGACAGAGGCAGGGUCACAAGCGCAGGGAGAAGGAGAGACACCGGCGCAUCUGCUGCCAGGUGGCUUCCAUGCAUUCAAUCCCGCUUAUGGUGAUGACUCGACGCCGGUGACCAACUUGCAAAGACCCAAGACGGACGCAGUCAUCACCAUCAGGGUGAUCAAGAGCUUCGAGUAUAGGACCAUGAAAGCGCUAGUACUCAAAGCAGUCGACCUGACCACAAUGACGGUGGGAGAAUUGAAGCAGCGAUGCCGACAGGAGAUCACGGCCACGCCAGCGUUCAAAGCCUUUAGGUCCUCAGUCAAUUCGCUAGACACUAUCAAAGUGUACACUCGUGCGCACGGGUCCAAGACGACGAACCUCAUCAUCAACCUCGAUCACCCGGAAUGGAUCCUUGACGACAAUAGCAAGACGCUGGAGGCCUAUGGCUUUGAAAAUGAAGCCGAAGCCAGCUUUUUCAACCGCGAUGCGUACGAGGCUUUCCUAAAGCAUCCGGAGACGAAGUGGGCAUGAGCUGAUGCGAUUCGUUGCUCUCUAACACACCAUUCAUACGGGCAUUUGAGCUUCAGAGUCUUCCAGAGUGGCUCCGCAACUACGGAGAACAGUAAUGGCCAAGCAGAUAGUGCACGAACCACUCGACUAAUCGGCAUCUCGGCUAAUCAACAGUCAUGGGCACCAAACAGGGCAUAGUCAUGGGGAAUGAAGCUGCAUGAGUACUGACACGCAGCAUUGUAAUUUUACGAGUCCAUCGAGAAAACCGUAGAUGUACAAC